AAUGUCUUCACAAAAUAUUGAUAGUGUAAAUCUCUCAUUGGAUAACAAGAAAGAUACUAUCAGCACAAAAUCAGAUUCUGACAAUUCCCAGGAAGGUGCAUUAAUUCUUGGCAAGAAGAAUCAACUAGGUGUUAAAUACCAUACAAGAUAUAUAGUGGAGCGUAAAGAACAGAAUCAUGAGUCUUUUAGGGAAUCGCUUGAGGAGUUCUUCUUCCCUUGUUUCGCAGAAGAAAUCAAAGAACAUUCAAUUUUUAAAAAAAUUGCUACUUUCCUAACAUCUGAACCGUUUAUACUUACUAUACAUUUAACAGCAGUACUCCUUGGAGUAUUAAAGAUCCUGCUAGAAGUAAGAGAGAAGAAUGGGGAAACAAUUGAAGAAGCUCACUCAGCAUUAGAAUGCAUUGGAGUUUGUUUUGUCAUAGGUUUAAGAGCGUGGGUAGUUAAUAAUUGCUUUCAUGAAAUUAAAACUCUCCGCCUUAAUCUCGAAAAGGCUGAUAAAACAGAAACCAUUAGAGGGCAAAAGCUUAAAAUAUUCGUGAGAGUAUAUAUUUUCACCAUGAUUAUGUUUUGCCUAAUCUCAAUUGGAUGUACAAUAGCUUUUAAAUUACUGGCUCACUUAGGUUGGACAAUCUUAUCUAAUAACUGCCUACUUGCCUUGGGCACAGGUUUAUAUGGGGUGGCCGAGAGCUUCACAGGUCGAAAGAAGUCUAAAAUAAGUGAAGAUCAUCAUAAAAUGUUAAUUCAUGAGAUGUCUUUAUUACUUGUUGAGACACAGUUAUGUCAAACUCAGGAAGAAAGGAGGACUUUUGCAAGAAAAGUUGAAAAUUUCCUCAAAGCAUUGAAAGAGACACCAGAAUUUUCAAAACCUCAGUACGUAAAGUGUAGCCAGAAAGCAGCGAUCAGGGAAUCGUCAAUGAUGCAAAUAAUAUCUUACGUAUAG